AUGUCCUCUGCUCAUGAUGCCACCACCAAGAUCUCCAUUGACAAGUUCGACGGCGACAACUACGCGACGUGGAGUUGUUACAUGCGUGUCGUGUUUCUGACCAAGUCGGCCUGGCACGUGGUGAACCGGGAGACCACCCCCCACCUUCGCCGAUCCUCGCGCCAAGGCGUGGGUCGCGUGGGCGCGUUUGAAGACGCUGCACGGCGGGUCGCAGAAGGCUGGACGCAUCUACUUGAAGCGCCAGCUGUUCAAAUGGAGAUGGCGGAAGGCGGCAAUGUGUUGCAUCAUUACAAUGAGGUCCUCAACAUCAGCGCAAAGCUGGCUAGCAUCGGCGCCAAGAUGGAGGACGAGGAGGUUGCAAUCUACUUAAUGCGCAGUCUGCCCAAGAGUUUCGAGAACGUGGUUCUUAAAUUGGAGAUGAACAGCACAGAGCUUCGAUCGCAGGACGUCGUGAAAGUGCUCACAAACGAGCAUGUCAAGCGGCAAGGUGACAAGACGACAUCGGUGAAGACUGAAGACGCGAAGGACGAAAAUCAAGGUGGAGCUCGACGCGGCGGCAACAAUGCUCGUGGACGCGGAGCCAACAACGUUCAGUGGCGAACCAACAACAACAACGACGACAACUACGAUCGAGUUGCGUUCGCGGUUUCGCUGGAGGCUGGACUUUCGACGGGCAAGAAUAUGCCAGGUAUGUGGGCAGUCGACAGCGGUGCGAGGCAUCACAUCUGCAACGACAAGGCCAAGUUUGCAAGCCUGAAUGAGCGAGAGGAAGGCGAACUAUCAGUGGCUGAUGGCAGCAAGGCUGCGAUCAAGGGUGUGGGAACCAUCAUGGAACGGGUGGUUCUGCCCAAUGGUGACGAACGCGACAUCGAGAUCAAGGACGCACUGUUCGUACCAAGUAUGAGCAAGAAUCUGCUUUCGGUGCCACAGAUCAACAAGGGUGGCAGGUUCCAAGUCGUGUUCGAUGGGUCCAAGAUGCAAGUGAAGCGCAAGAAUUCCACACAAGUCGUGGCAACAGCGGAUCUCGUCGAUGGACUUUACUGGCUGCGGACUCCUCAACGAUCGGCAAAUGCAGCAACACGCGAUGGGACCAUCGACUUGCAUGCGCGCAUGGGUCAUGCACCCCUCGAAGUUCUGCGCAAGAUGGUGGCCACUGGCAUGAUCAAGGACGCCAAGGCACCUCUCAACUCGACUGGUCCAAGUGUGUGUCGCGGUUGCCAGCAAGGAAAGAUGGUCCAAAAACCAUUCCCAACCAACCGUAACAAACGCCAAUACGGUGUGUUCGAGUUGCUGCACUUCGACAUCUGCGGGCCAAUGGAACAAGUCUCGAUCGGCGGCAGCAGAUACUUACUGCUUGUGGUUGAUGAAGCCAGCGGUUGCAUGAAGGGCUUCUGUCUGCGGUCCAAGUCUGAGAGUGAAGACUGUAUCAAGAACCACAUUAUCAAGAUUCAAACUCAGUUCGGCACGAAGAUCAAGUUUGUUCGGCACGAUGGAGCGCAUGAGUUUGCGACCAACUCGAUCAAGACCUUCUACGAAGAUCAUGGUAUCGAACAACAGAUCACGGUGCCGUAUGCACACCAGACCAACGGCACCGCAGAACGCGCGAUAAGGACCAUCGUCACGAUAGGACGCAGCUUGUUGCAUCAUGCAAAACUGGAGAAGUGUUUCUGGGCUGAAGCGGCAAUGACGGCGAUCUACAUCAAGAACCGCCUGCCUUAA